GAAAUAUCUCUCCACCCUCCUUUACAAUAUUUUCCCAGCUCAAUAAAUAUUCUUUUUCCAUUUAGCACAAAAACACGUUUCUAAUACAAAAUAAGACAACCCUUUACAGCACAAAAUAAAAAGCAUAUCUUAAAAGUUCUUCUCUAUUUAAGGUGUGUCACACUAUAACUUUACUCUAAUUCAUUCAACUCAUAUACCUUUAACUCAUUCAUCUCUUCACACAUAUUUCAAUAACCCUUAAAGAGAAUGAACAACGAAGAGUUAGUUAUUCAAGAUGAGUAUGUAUACAAAGAAGAAACCAACCUUACAGUUCUGAAAACAUCUAGGUUUUUCAGUGGUGAUGGGUUUGUUGUGUAUGAUUGUAAGGGACAACUCGUUUUCCGGUUUGACUCGUAUGGACCAAACACACGUGAUAAGGAAGAACUUGUUCUUAUGAACACACAUGGUCGUUCUCUUCUCACCUUGCGUAGAAAGAAACCAAGUCUUCAUCAAAGAUGGGAAGGAUUCAAAGGAGAGAGAAAAGACGGUGAUAAACCAAUCUUCAAUGUGAAAAGAUCAUCAAUAAUCGCACGGUCAAGAAUGACCAUAACAGUGGAGGUACACGAUAACCCAGGUGUGGAGUACCUCAUUGAAGGGUGUUUCCCACAAAGAUGCUGUAAGAUUUUUAAUGCCACAAAGAAAUUAGUGGCUGAGAUUCGUCGUAAAGUGGACCCCACCACUAGUGUUAUGCUUGGGAAAGAAGUGUUCAUGCUUUGUGUUCAACCUGAUUUUGAUGUGUCCUUUGCCAUGGGAUUGGUUUUGGUACUUGAUCAAAUCAAUGGUGAGAAUUUCUUUGAUAAUGGAACCAUUGAAACCUCGGUGCACCCUACUACAGAAGAUUGAUGAAUUGCUUCUUCGUUUGUUCUAUUUUGAGAUUUGUCCCUUUUUUUAAUUUGUGCUUCCUUUGUUGUAUGAAUGACAUUAAUAAAAUGGUUAAUGGUGUAAAUUUACUAUACCUUUCAAAUUUCAAGCCAUACAUGCUUCAAAUACACUAUAUUUGGCAUGGCUAUUUUGUACACUAAUUCGUCAAUUAAUCGAUAAUCCCUACAUUAUAAUAA